UCCAGGAGGUGUUGUCGCUGGAUGCGGAGCAGUGCGUGAACAGUAGGAUUUAACUCUUGCCUGCACACAUACAUACAUAUACACAUGUGAAAACAAGUAAGCAGAGCAUAUGCGGGAUGUGCGAGUAUGAAGUGAUCGCUUGAGAUGAUAUGUAGUCAGUCGGCGACGUCUCGCCCAUAAGUACUUAGGUGCGCAUGAAUUAUAAGAAAUAUCCAAAUACACCUACAUAUUAUAUACUACAUACAUACAUAGAAAUAUCCGUGUUGAAUAAAAUUAAAAAUUAAAGAAAUAAAAUAAUCCAAGUGUCAAAGAUUGUAUCAAAUACUUCGGCUCAACGCUGGCGUCCUUGCGUAGGACACACGAAUCAAAAUCGUCUUUAGCGUGUUCCCAAUGGAGGCCGCCGACGAUGCGUCAGCCGGUCUACUAGCCGGCCAAAGUGUAACUACAACAACAACCAACGAUGCGAUAAACACAACAGAUCCCCGGGGUUUUCCUCUCGAAGGCGCGCAACAACAAAGGCCGCCACCGAAACUUUCAUUUAGCGAAAAUUCGAGUUCGCUAAUACGGUGUGUACCGAACGAAAGAGCGAUAUUCUUCGUGAAAAUCGACUGUGACGAAGAUUCCGAUUUGUUGCCAUUGCAAUUUGAAUGGAGCCGUGGAGAUUUGCCAAUUGCGAAUUCCGACCGCUUGCGAAUAACACAGACCAGCACCGCUGUGCAAUUAGCCGUGGAGCACGUGCAGCGGGAAGAUGCCGGUCAUUAUACAUUGAUAGCACGAACGAAAGGUAACGAUGUUAUUCGCAAAGAUGUAGAGCUCAUUGUCGAGGACAGAUCGACGGGAGAGGAUCCACCCGUAUUUUUACGACGACUGGUCGAUCUGUCGGUGAAAGUGGGAACACGCACUCGAUUGCUGGUCGAGAUACGUAGUUCCACUGAUGUAAAGCUCACCUGGUAUCGAAAUGAUCGUCGAAUAUGUGAAAACGAUCGAAUAAACGAAGUAAACGAAGGCAAUUUUCACUACUUAGAAGUGAGUCCCGUUAUAUUGGAAGAUGGCGGCCAAUGGAUGGUGUUGGCUGAAAACUCGGGCGGACGCAAUUCCUGCAUUGCACAUUUGAAUGUACUGGUGCCCAAAGCCUACAAAGCACCCGAGUUCAUUGAGGAGCUACGUGCUGUCCUCACACAACAAGGCACUGUAUCGCUGGAGUGUAAGGUAAUUGGUGUACCCACACCUCAAUUGCGUUGGUUUAAGGAUUCCAAGGAGAUCAAGGCUGGUGAUGUAUUCGCACUGACCGCCAACAUGGAUGAUCCGACCUCUCUGGGUACAUACACUUGCGAAGCUGUCAACUGCAUGGGUAAAUCAUAUUCCAGCUCAAAAGUUCAUGUAGUGGGACGUGGCAGUAGAGAGGGAUCGUUGAAGCCCGCUGACAGCAUCCCCAACAAUGCGCCCCCACCGAUAUUUACGAACGAGUUGCGCGACAUGAGCGUCCGCAUCGGGGAGCCAAUAAUUCUCGGAUGCCAAGUUGUUGUACCACCUUGGCCCAAAACAGUAGUGUGGUAUAACAAAGAUGGCCGAAUCGAGUCUGGCGAAAGAUACAAAUUAAUCGAAGAUGGUUUGGGAGUCUAUAUGAUCGAAAUAAAACCCUCUGAGAGUUGUGACGAGGGCGAAUGGAAAUGUGUGGUCACAAGCUACGAAGGAUGUGUGGGCAUUUCAACAUGUAACGUCACAAUGGACAUUCCGAAGAAUUAUCGCAAGCCACGUUUCAUGGAAAGUUUGCGUGCAGUACUUACCGAAGAAGGACUUGUUUCAUUCGAGUGCAAAGUAGUGGGCUUCCCCACGCCUAUACUCAAGUGGUUCAAGGAUGGUCAGGAACUAAAACCCGGCGAUGUCUAUCAAUUAACUGGUACCAAUUCACUCGGCACUUACUGUUGCGUAGCCAAAAACUGUAUGGGCGAAAGUAGCAGUGUUGCUGUACUCACCGUUGAGGAUAUACAGAAUCAACUUAACGACGAGGAACGUUUGCUGUUUGCAAAUCAGAACCAGCCACCGAAGUUUGUCGUUGGACUGAAGAGUCAAGAAUCUAAGAUAAAUGAAAGCUUUCAGUUUACCGUAAAUGUCAAGGCUACGCCAGAUCCAGUGCUCUCUUGGUUUCGUGAUGAGUUGCCGGUUGAGAAUAGCGAACGUUAUAGCCAUUAUCGUGGCGAACAGGAAAACUGGCAUUUAGAUAUACGAUGUGUUGAAUUCGUGGAUCAAGCCGAAUGGAAGUGUGUUGCUGUGAAUGAUUUUGGUACAAGCGUUACAUCUAGCUACUUAAAACUACAGAUACCACGUCACUAUAAGAAACCACGUUUUCUGGAAUGCCUUAGAGCGGUACUCACGGAGGAGGGCGCUGUUAAUUUGGAGUGUAAAGUCAUUGGAGUGCCCCAGCCGGUGUUGAAGUGGUACAAAGAUGGCGUCGAGCUCAAACCCGGAGAUAUACAUAGAAUUAUAUCUGGGCAAGAUGGAACUUGCUGCCUGGGAACGUAUACUUGCGAGGCAAGAAACUGCAUGGGCGUUGUUGCAAGUUCAGCUUCUUUGCUUGGUUUCGAGGAGGCCUACAAAACUCCAAAGGAAGAGCGCGCUCAGGAAAACGAGUUACAGCGCAAUUUCUCUUUAUCCACCAUACAAGAAGAGCACACAUCUCAAUUGUACGAAACGCCUGUUGGAGAUAUCACAAUUGACUCGAAGGGCGAGGUAUCUUUUUCAUUCGAUGGCAAAGAGGUUUCGGUUUCUCUAUAUGAGACGCCAGAUUUAACUGAAGAGGAAGCACUAAAGAUUGUUGAAAUGUAUGCUGAUCAAAUUUCAGAGCAUGUUACCGAACACAAUGUGGUAGAAUUGCCACCACUACGUUUUGUUAAAGAGACAUCGCAAUCGGGAAAGCUUUUAAUGGAGGCUGUGGUAAUUGAUAUCGCACCAGAAUACUUUACACAUGAGGAGGAUAUGCGUACCGAGGCCGGUUUGGACGAUAUUUCCAUAACAGAGAUAACUGUACACGGAUCUUCAGGACAUGAGGAUGAAGUUGAUCGCGAGGCUGAGAACUAUGCCCAACGCAGUUUCGAGAAAAUGGAGGAAGAACUCUCUUUAACUGCGCCAAUACGAAAGCGUAAAAAAUCAAGACCCACAGAAACUACAGAAGAAUUCUACAGUUUGUCCAAAGCAUCUGACAGCCAAGCUGGUGAUGAUGAUGACACUUCUGAUUUGCAAACUUUCGCAAGUGCUACACAAAUGUCAUCACGCGUCGACUCCGCUGUUGGACCUGAUGCCGCGCAGACCGAUGAGGGCAUACAGCCGCCAAAACGUAAGAAGGGGAAGAAGCAAACUGAUAGUGAUUCAUCCAAGACAAACGAAGAAGAUGCAAAAAUGCAAGACAUUUCUGGAGCAGUAGGCGACGGUUUGAUCACUGUUAAACCUGUGAAAGUGAUUUCCAGUGCAGAAGAGAUUGAAGAAAAUUUGCACGCUCUUCUGCCACUGGCUAAACUAUUGAAAACGAUUGAGCAUCAUUUAACCAUAGUUGAGAAUGAGGUCGUAGAGCAGGCGGCCAUGAUGAUGACUCCAGCUUCGGCUGAGCAGAGCAUUGCAAUUAUACGAAACAUUGUUGAACCAAUUAAACAAGUGGAAAGCAAAUUAAGAGCAUAUUCUGGAGAAACUCCAUUAGAUGCGCUCUUUCAAACGAUGGAGGAGGAUAUACGGAAGCUGCAUAGAAGUCUCCAAGUAAUUGAGAAGUGCGUCGAAAUUGAUGAAACUGGUGUCACACUCAUUCAACGCACCAGUGUCUGCAUCAUAGACAGCGUCGGCGACCAGCUAAUUAAAGCUUUAGGAGAGGUACAGAAUAUAGCAAAAUGUUUCGAGUCAACUAGUUUACGUGCACAUAUCGAUCUAACGGCAGAUGACAUUAAGCAAGGUCUUGAAAUUACACAAGGCACUAUUAAAUCGCAAGCUUUAUUGCAAGAAGCACAAGAGCUGGAGGCCGCUAAGCAUCUCUCAGAAACGGUGGCCAAGUUACAAGCUAUGCCAGAAAUCGAACCAGUCUCUUUUGCGAAUAUUUCGGAUGCUAAAUUGCCCGACGAGGCUGAUGCAUUGAAGCUAAUUUGUGUGCCCGUGGUGAAUUUACAAUCCGCUUUGGAAAAAGUGGAGAAUGAGUUGAGUCUUGAGGAAAACGAAGAACAAAUUUAUAAAAAGGUUCACAAAAAGGUGCUUGAUAAUAUCGUAGAACCAAUCAAGGAACUACAAACGGUAUUAGAGACAAUUGAACGAAAUGCAGAGCUAUCUGGCACACAGUCUACAGAACAAAAGGUUAAUAAUGCUAUAUUGGAUAUUGUGACACCAGCUCUAUUCGAACUCAAUAAGGGUUUGGAGGUCAUAUUAAACCAGUCGUCUAACAAUGUGCAGGCAGGUAUGUUGACCGUUAGCACUGUGGAAUCGAUGGUACCGCCACUACAAGAAAUACAAAAUGGUUUGGCACAAUUGACUCAGGAUGUGGAACGUGGUCAUUUUAAUGAAGAAGCAGUACUUGAUUCAGCAGACACUCAAAAGUUGCUCCAAACAAUUGCGCAGUCUGUACUGCACUUUGAGACAAAUAUCGAAAGACUUUCAACGCGUUUGUCGCCUAACGUACAAAAGGGUUUGUAUAGUUUGAAGGAGGAGAUGUCUGCCUUAAUCGGAAAUGUUUUGGAGGAUAACAUUACCAAAUACCAUGUGACACUCUUGGAAAACUUGAAGCGUCCAAUAGACGAGCUCAACUACUGCAUACGUCAAAUAGAGAGCAAAUCAAUUUCAGGGUCAUUAACUGACUUUAUCGAUCCCUUGCACAGCUUAAGCGAUCGUGUCAAUUUGGGUAAAGAUAUUAUGCAUAUGUCUGGGGCGAAGCAGAAUGAUAAAAAUUUAGAUGUCUUAGAGAGAAUGCAGCAGUUAAUUAGAAAUGUGGAAAUCGAUAUUGAAGAAUACGAGUUCAAAAUGCUACAGCACGAAGUAGAGCUUGACGAGAAACUUGCAGCUGAACAAGAAAAAUCGUUCCUCUACAUGCGUGAAGCAAUGGAGAUGAAAAUUGCACAAGACGAAGCAGGACAAAACAUACAAGAGCUUUUACACACUGUUACAGAGAUUGAAGCGACACCGGGGUUGGACAGUCAAACCCAAGAGGUGUUAUCUCAAUUAGAUCAAAGACUCACCGGCCUGGUCGCUGAUGUGGACGUAUUAAAAGAGUCGCAGAGCACGAGGGAAGAAAACGAAGCUGCCACAAAAGUUCUGACUGAUAUUGCUAAACCACUGCAGACGGUCGCUGAGGUAUUACGCAGCACACUUACACCAGAAAAGGUGAAAAAAACUCAAUCAUUACCACAAAGUGAAAGUCUUAACGUAAUCUUAAAAGAAAUAAAAGACGUCGUUGAGAAAAUACCGGAGCAAAAUGAGCACCACAUCAAAUUGAAAGCAUUGCCAAUUGUGCAGUCAGUGCUCGAAAUUGUACCCGUUCUGCAAUCUAUUACAAAUUUGCCGCAAGCGGUAACUGCAGUUACACAAUCAGCAGCUGGUGAGAAAAAGAAAGCUGAGCAGGAUGUUGUUGGUAGUGCUGCAAAGAAACCUAAACUUGAAGCAACAAACGAAAUAGACAAAGAGAAACUAACGAAGGAAACGCCAAGCGCCGAAACAGUUUCGCUAAAGAUUGAACCAGCACCGAAAGUAGAUGAUGACGGCUCAACACUAGAAGAUAUAUCAGCCAUGAAAUCGAUCGCUGAAUCGUUGCCAGCAGACAGUGAAAACUCCGUUGCGGCAGAUAGAACCGAUCAUCUCAAAGCAUUCGAGGUAAACAAGAGCAAGGUGAACACAUUAUUGUCCCAACUCAAAAACAGCAUUGCAACAGUAUUGGCGCACUGUAACGAAGUAGACGUUGCCUCCUUGCAACUAGAAACAGCGCAGAAGGUUAAAGCAUGUCUGUCAAAGUUAGAAGACGUCAACGAAUGUAUUGCCGAUGUACAUCAACCCAUGGUUGUGGAAAUAUUGGACACACACUCCGACAUCAGUGAAUGUAAAACCUUCGCCGAUGCUGUGUGCCAUUUGGAAACAUGUGUGGUGCAAGUCGAGGAGUGUAUUGCUCAGCAUGAUUUGCAAGACUUAAGUGAAAGCUCUGUCUCCGACAUGAAAACAUUGGCAAUACCUCUACAAGACCUUAAAGAAUGCAUUAAAGUUUUCUAUACUGAAGAUUUGGAGCAAGUGAUUAGUUUGCCAACAGCGAGCUUGUCGUUAACAAGUGCGCAGGUUUUGCAAGACAUACAUCCUUUUGUGCUUUCCAUAAAAGAGAGUCACGCUCUAGAGACGCUACAGUCUUUGGCGGCAGAUGAGUCUUUCGCACAGUUGCAACAGUUUAUACAACCUAUUCAAGAAUUGGAAAAUGCAGUGCUUUCUUCAAUUGAUCAAGUGCAUUUGUCUCAAAUUGAAUGUCUACCAUCUGAGUUGAGCAUUUCAGUGUUGGAAAAAUGCGCGAAGCCCAUAUUUGAUAUCAGGGAAGCCUUGCUCCAUGUUCAAGCUGAAACACCGCAAUCCUCAAUCGAAGAAUGCCCAGCAUUGCAGGUGAUUAAACAGAAAGCUGAUGUCAUAUACAACCUUUUACAAUACUGCGAACAUGUUAAUCUAAAUGCCUUGGAAAAUAUAGCUGAUAUGUCUACACAGGCUGACGUCUCCGCUUUGAAGUCUUGUGCGGAACUGAGGUCUGUGGAGACCCAUUUGGAAGCAGCAGCCGAAGUUGUAAAAGAAAAUGUGAAGUUUCUGGACAUCAAGAAAUGUAUUGCGGGUGGCAUCAAACAGAUUCAAGAUUGCCUAACUUCGACUGUAACAAAUAAAGAACCUGAAUUGGAAAAUGUUGGCACUUUUAUGAAGGAACUCAAAAGUGAAUUAGAGAACAUGCAAAAUGAAUUGUCAAAACCGACAACACAGCAAAAUACUGCUGAAGCCAAUCAAAGAGUGGCUAAGACUAUGUUCAAAUUGAAGGAAUGUCUGGUGCAUACCUACGAAACGGAUGUGGGAAAGUCUUUGGACGAGAUUGAGAAAACUUUCGAAGAUAUAUUGCAAGCACUGCCAACUUUGGAAAUACAUCUGGCUCAAGAGAUGUUUACAAAAAUUGAGGCAUCGCUGUGCGCCUUUAAAUCCAUAUGUUUACGUGCAGAUGGUCCAACAGAACUACAAAAAUUGUGGGAUCCCAUUGAUAACAUUUUGAAGAGUAUAAAAUCUAUAAAUGAGUUGAAAACUAUUGAUAUUGAGAAAUCCUCAUUGAUUGUGGCUAAUCUUCAAUCGCAUUUAAUGUCGGCUUUUAGAGUGCUAAACGAAGUCAGUGACACGUUAGAUGGGCAAGCGCGUGACGCUACGUUAAGAGCGCAAGAUGCCGUGCUUGCCACACACGAAUUCAUAGUGGAAGCCGGUGAACUAGUACGUUCAAUUGAGCUACUACAAGAGAUCGAUAGUCUAACGCCGAACCUUAUUUCCAUUUAUGAUAGUAUUACAUUAGCUCAAGAUUACAAGAACAAACAAGAGCUACUUGAAGCGUUGACUCAACGCGUUUCAUCCGGUAAAGCAUUUCUACAAAACAUUGAGGACGGCUUAAAUGCCAAUAAUCCCGUCUACUAUAAGUUAGCAGAGGAGAAUGAAUUAGAUAUACGCAGUGUAGAAGCUGCUCUUAUACGUAUAGAAAACGAAAUUCUACCAAAGCUGGAGAUACAAACUCCUACCGCCGAUGAUAGCGCGCUAGUUGACGUGCUCGGUGUACAUUUGAAAUCUCUGCAAGAUAGUUUCGCUACACUCAGCAUUUUACCUACUGUUUCGGAGGAUAUCCACGUCGAUGAGCGUCAAAAGAUAAUAUCCGAACCGUCCAUUACAUCCAAGACACUUUCCGAUGAGAAAAAACUAUAUGCCGAAUUGCAGCAACGCGAAACGUCAUUACCAGCAGAAGAGGAUGUAUCCACCUUGGAAGACGUUUCGGCCAUCGAGUCAUUACUUGGCUCUCCGCUACGUUCUCAAGACGAGCAUAUUCCAUCAUCAUCAGCUGAAAUAGGUAAGGUCGAUGUUUUGUUAUCACAACUCAAAAGUAGUAUCGUCUCGGUUUUGGAAUAUGGUUCAGAAGUUGGGAUCGACUUUAAACAACUGGAUGCCGUGCAACAGGUUAGGGCAAGUUUGUUGAAAUUGGAUCAAAUUAAUGAAUGUUUUACCGAUGUUGGCCACCCUACUGUCAUUGAGCCACCUCUCCCAUCCCUCUCCGAAGCUAGUGAUUGCAAAACAUUUGCGGAUGCUGUGUGUAAUUUAGAAGCAUGUGUGUUGCAAGUCGAAGAAUGUAUUGCUCAGAAUUAUCUCCAAGAGUUGAGUGAAACCGAGAUAUCCGAACUAAAAACGUUGGCGCAACCACUGCACGAUAUUCGUGAAUGUAUUAAAAUUUUCCAAAAUGAGGAGUUAGAGCAAGUUUUAAGUUUGCCAACCAUAAGCAUGUCUUUAACCAGUGCUCAAGUCUUCCAGGAUAUCCAACCGUUUGUUUUAUCCAUCAAAGAGAGCCAUGCCUUAGAGACGCUGCAGUCUUUAGCUGAGGACGAGUCACUCACACAACUCAAGCAAUUCAUAAAACCCAUACAAGAGUUGGAAAAGGUAGCCUUAACAAAUGUAGUGCAGGAGCACUUGUCUCAAGCGGAGAGCAUUUCCAAGCAAGAAAACGUGGAAAUGCUGGAAAGAUUCGCAAAACCUAUUUGGGAUAUAAGAGAAGCUUUGCUACACAUACAAGAGGAAACGCCACUCUCAACGCUGGAAGAAUGCUUGCCAUUAAAAAUAGUGAAAGAAAAGAUAGAUGUCGUAUACCAUCUGCUGCAAUAUUGUGAGCAAGUCGACAUGAGUGCUUUGGAGAACGUUGUCGACAUGUCCACACAAGCUGACAUUUCCGCACUAAAGUCUUGUAUUGAGCCAAAAACUGCGGAAGUGCAAUUUGAGCAACCAGUCGUGGUUGCACAAGAAAGUGUUAAGUUCUUGGAUGUCAAAGAUAAAAUUUCAAACAGCGUUCAGCAGCUUCAAGCUUGCGCAAGUGAAAUGGUAGGAGAAAAUAUACCGGGACUGCGUGAAGUAUCUGCUGUUGUGAUGGAACUUAAAAACGAAUUAGAAUCCAUGCAAAACGAGCUCUCCAAACCAACUGAGCAACAAAAUGUAACAGAGAGUCAAGUAAAGGUCGCAAAAGUUAUGUUUAAAUUAAAGGAAUGUCUGGUCCAUACUUAUGAAGCAGGUGCGGGGCAAUCUUUAGAACAUAUUGAAACAACUUUUGCCGAUUUGCUACACAGUAUGCCAACCUUAGAAAUUCAACUGGCGCAAUAUAUGUGUACGAAAAUGGAAUAUGCGCUAUUGGACUUCAGCUCAACAUGCGUUAAAUCGGAAAGCUUAAGAGAACUAUGUAAGCUGACUGAACCACUCGAAUUGGUUUUAAAUAGCACAAAAGCUAUUGCUCAGCUCCAGUUGAUAGAGGUGGAAAAGUCUACACUGGUUGUGGCUAAUUUGCAAUCACAUUUGAUGUCAGUUUUUAGAGCGCUAGACGAGAUCAAUGAAAUCAUAGAGUUAAGCGGACGUAAAAAUAUACUCAAACUGCAAAACGCUGUUAUUUCGAUCUCGGAAUUUAUCGAUACCAGUGAAAACAAAUUGAGAGUAAUAGAACUGAUUCAGGAACUCGACUCUCUUAUACCACAAUUAAACUCCACAGCCACUGAAAUUAAUGCAAGAAAGUGUAAUAAAAGAAAGCAAGCGUUUUUGGAAGCACUUACUUUGAGUUUAAAAUCGGGAAGGGCAUUUAUAAAAAGCAUUGAGGAAGGCUUGAUGACAAACAAUCCUGUGUUCGUUCGACUGGCGGCAGAUAAUAGUUUGGACAUUCAAAAUGUACGUGACGCAUUAGUCCGCAUAGAAUUUGAAAUUCUUCCAAAAAUGAAUUCAGAAAAUCCAUCACCAGAAGAGGGUGUAUUAGUGGAUACGCUACAACUGCACUUGAAAAACUUACAGACUAAGCUGGUUGCUAUAAAUAAUAGUACUAUUAUUGAGGUUGUACAAACUGAAAUUAAGCAGAGCGAAGCAGAAAUCUUAGAGCCAACUCAAACAGUUCUAACGGAAGCUAAAGAGACACAUAUACCGACGGUGGUAGAAAGAGAAGCUAUUUCCCAUGAAACUAUAAACUUAAUUGAAAAAGAAGCAGAAUGGAGUCAAACAUUAACAACAGCAAACAUUAGUAUAGAUCAAUCAUCACAAGAAACUGAAGAUGCUGAAGCAAUUAUUUCGGAGAAGAGCGAGCAAUUAAAAUCACAAGAAACUGAAGAUGCUGAAGCAAUUAUCUCUGAUAAGAGCGAACAAUUAGAAUCACAGGAACCUUCACUACCAAUCGAACCAUACCUACAAAAUGCUGAAAAUUUAAUUGAUGCCACAACUAAACUCACACAGAGUUUGGGUAAGCAACACUUGAGCAAAGCUACAAUAGAAGUCUUCAAGUCAGUUGAAAUAACAUUAGGCGAGAUGAAGAAUUUAAUACAAACACAUCCGUCAAGUGCAAUCGAAGAUCACAUUUUUCUUCCACUAUUCAAGUUGAAAGAUUUGAUUGCAUUUAUUAAGCGUACACCUAUGGAUGAUAUUUCCAAGAGCAAGGAGGCCCGUCAAGUCAUACAGAGUUCCAAUAAAGUGUUACUUGAAAUAUUGAACGGUCAUCAAGGCCUUCGAAGUGCAAUGAUCUUUGACAUUACAGAGACUACAUUACCAUACAUCGGCAGUAUAAUUUCUUUCAUAGCACAAAUGUUUCCCAAUGACAAGAAUUUAAUUGCAACAUCUAGUGUUCUCCAACGAAUUUCUUCAGAAAUCGUUGUUAUUAAGAAGGAAAAUGUUGCAAAUAUGGACGUUAGUUCACGUUCUUAUCAAAAUCUCAAAUCAGCUAUCUUCGAUUUGCAGAACUCGUUGGAAUAUAUAUGCGCCAAAAGACAAAAUACAUCGCUUUUACAGCAACAAGAAAGCUUAGAUCGUUUAUGCAAAGCUAUAGAUAAGGGUCUCAUUACUGAUGCUAUAGAGAUUCUACAGGAGUUUGAAGUUAAGAAAGAUUUCUUUGUUCACUUAUUGGAAGAGUUAAAAUAUAUAUCUCAAGAACCAACCACUAGUAUUCACGCAGAAUUCAGCAAAGGGUUCGAUGACCCAAAUCUCGAGCAAGACGCCAUUGUUCUAGAGAUCAAAAAUGUACUAUCGAUUAUUGGUGAGAGCCAAAGUUGGAAAGACAACGAAGACGAUAUUAAAGAGGCAAUACAAAAUCCUACUGAUGAACGUUUCUCAAAACUGAUAUUCAGGAUGAGAGAGAACAUUGUUCACACAUAUGAGAGCGGACCGCUCUCUUCGGACGAAACUAAUAAUAAGUUGGAGGAGAUCAUUGAGCAUUUAUUUGCUAGUAAUCCCGAAGCCACAAGAAGAUUGACAGAAGAAUACUAUGCAACAAUAAAAAGAAAUAAAAAACAAAUAUCUGAGAAUAUAAGUAAAAUUGAGAAUAUUGAGUUACAAAGGAAAGUAACCAGAUUGAAUCCUUCCUUAGAAAAUAUAACUCUCACUAUUGAAGAGCUAAUGACACUGAAAUCUGCAAUUAAACUUUCAAAGAAACUUGAUACAAUUAAAGAAUCUCUUUUGAACACAGUUGAAAUCUUAGAUGAACUUCAUAAAGCUAAUAGUGUAGUUGAGAGCGUUAGUAUUGAGAAAGUUAAGAACAUUGUACUAAGCGAAUUUGAUUACAUAAACAAUAAAGAAGACGCGGCACAGCUACCUAAGAUUCUUUUGGACACAUAUUUAUUAACGAAUAAUCUGCUGGAUAUAUGUAUUAAGCUGAAAACAGCGGAAGCCGAGGUUCCUGUGCCAGUUAUAUCAGAAAAUAUUAAAUCUAUAGUUGUGGAUGCUGAAGUUCCUCAACAAGAGGUAACUUCCAAGUGCCCUGAGGCGAUCGAACCGUCCGAUACUGUCGAAUCUGUUCAAAGAGAAGUGGCAGUGGAAGCUGAGGCUCCUGGGCUUAUGAUUUCUGAAGAGUCUAUAUUUACUGUUCUGAAAGCUAACGUUUCUCCACAAGAGGUAGGUCCUAUGGAGCCGGAAGUGACCAAAGUGACUGAAACUGCCGAAUCUCUUGAAAUAGAAGAAGUACUUGAAGCUGAGGCUCCUUUGCCAGUUAUUUUAGAACAACCUCCACCGACAGUUGUGGAAUCUGGAAUAAUUCAACAAGAGAUAAUUUCGAAGAAACUUGAACCUACUGUAAUUAGAGAACCUGUUAAAGAAGAAAUCGUAGUAGAAGCUGAUACUCCUGUGCUAAUGAUUCCUGAAGCGCCUAUAUCAACUAUCGUUGAAGUUGAAGUUCCUCAACAAGAAGUAGUUUCUAAGGGGCCUGAGGCGAUCGAGCCGUCUGAUAUUGCCGAAUCUGUUCAAAAAGAAGUGGCAGUGGAAGCCCAGGCUUCUGGGCUUAUGAACCCUGAAGAGCCUAUAUCUACUGUUGUGGAAGCUAAAGUUUCUCCACAAGAGGUAGCUUGUAAGGAACCUGAGAGAUCCGAACAGACUGAAACCGCCGAACCUGUCAAAAUAGAAGAAGUACUUGAAGCUGAGUCUCCUGUACCAGUUAUUUCUGAAAAACCUACACUGACAGUUGUGGAAGCUGAAGUACCUCAACAAGAGAUUAUUUCGAAGGAACCUUGGACGUUAGAACUUACUGAAACUAGUGAACUUGUUAAAGAAGAAGUCACAGUAGAAGAUACAGUGUCUCCACUUCUGGCUUCUAAGGAGCCUGAAGUGAUCGAGCCGACUGAUACUGCCGAAUCUGUUCAAAAGGAAGUAGCAGAGGAAACUGAGGUUCCUGUGCUAAUGAUUACUGAAGAGCCUAUAUUUACUGUCGUGGAAACUGAUGUUGUUAUUCCCGAAAAACCUGCACCGAUAGUUGUGGAAACAGAAGUACCUCAACAAGGGAUUAUUUCGAAGAAAUCUAAGACAUUAGAACUUACUGAAGCUAUUGAACCUAUUAAAGAAGAAGUUUCAUUAGAAGCUGCCGUUUCUCCCCAAGAGGUAGCUUCUAAGGAGCCUGAAGCGAUCGAACCGACUGAUACUGCCGAAUCUGUUCAAAAGGAAGUAGCAGUGGAAGCUGAUGUUCCUGUGCUUAUGAUUACUGAAGAGCCUAUAUUUACUGUCGUGGAAACUGAUGUUGUUAUUUCCGAAAAACCUGCACCGAUAGUUGUGGAAACAGAAGUACCUCAACAAGGGAUUAUUUCGAAGAAAUCUAAGACAUUAAAACUUACUGAAGCUAUUGAACCUAUUAAAGAAGAAGUUUCAUUAGAAGCUGCCGUUUCUCCACAAGAGGUAGCUUCUAAGGAGCCUGAAACGAUCGAGCCGACUGAUAUUGCCGAAUCUAUUCAAAAGGAAGUAGCAGUGGAAGCUGAUGUUCCUGUGCUUAUGAUUACUGAAGAGCCUAUAUCUACUGUCGUGGAAGCUGAUGUUGUUGUUCCUGAAAAACCUGCGUCGAUAGUUGUGGAUACUGAAGUUUCUCAACAAGAGGUAGCUUCUAAGGAACAUGAGACGAGGGAACAGACUGAAACUGCCGAAUUUGUUAAAAUAGAAGAAGUACUUGAAGCAGUUGUUGGACCAGUUAUUUCUGAUAUACCUACACCGGUAGUUGUGGAAGCAGAAGUACAUCAACAAGAUAUUAUUUCGAAGGAACGUGAGACGUUAGAAGUUGCUGAAGCUGGUGAACCUGUUAAAGAAGCAGUCACAAUAGAAGAUGCAGUGUCUUCACUUCUAGCUUCUAAGGAGCCUGAAGCGAUCGAACCGACUGAUACUGUCGAAUCUGUUCAAAAGGAUGUAGCAGUGGAACCUGAGGCUUCUAUGAUCCCAUCUACUGUCGUGGGAGCUGAUGUCGUUCUUCCUGAAAAACCUACACCGAUAGUUGUGGAAACAGAAGUACCUCAACAAGAGAUUAUUUCGAAGGAACCUGAGACAUUAGAACUUACUGAAGCUAGUGAACCUGUUAAAGAAGAAGUCACAUUAGAGGCUGCUGUUUCUCCACAAGAGGUAGCUUCUAAGGAGCCUGAGGCCAUCGAAACGACUGAUACUACCGAAUCUGUUCAAAAAGAAGUCGCAGUGGAAGCUGAGUCUCCCGUAUUAAUAAUUUCUCAGGAACUUACAACCAGCAUUGUUGAAGCUGAAGUUCUUCAAAAAGAGUUAGCUUCUAAGAAGCCUGAAGCGACCAAAGUGGAUGAAACAGUAGAAGCAGCUGUGGAAGCUGCGGCUCCAAUGCCACUUAUUAUUCCUGAAGAGCCCACAUAUACAGUUGUGGAAGCUGAAGUAACUGAACUGAAGUCAGUUCUAAACGAGUCUUUGGCAACCGAACGCACUAAAACUGCUGAAUCUAUUAAAAUAAAUGAAGUACUUGAAGCUGAGCCUCCAGUGCCGGUUGUUUCUGAAGAAUCUAUACCCACAGUUGUGGAAACCAAAUUUCCUCAACAGGAAGAAAUUUCGAAGAAACCUGAGCCGUUAGAGCUUACUGAAACUGGUAAACUUGUUAAAAAAGAAGUCACAGUAGAAGCAGAGACUCCUGUGCUAAUUAUUCCUGAAGAGCCUAUAUCUACAAUUGUGGAAGCUGAAGUUUCUCCACAAGAGGUAGAGCCUGAGGCGACUGAAACAGAAAUACUUAAACCAUUAUUUGCUUUUGAGGAACCUAUUAAAGAUACUACAGAAUUAAAGGUAAAUGAGGAUGAAAGUCAAGAUAUGUCUGCGAAAGAAGUUUCAGUACUUGAAGAGCCUCACAAUCUCAAUUUGUUAAGGUAUUAUAAAAAUAUUGCUGAAAAGAUUGGCAAAAUGCGGCAGCUGUUUCAAGAAGGGACGUAUACCAUUCUUCGGCAUAAAUUAUCACAUAUCGGUAAAGAUUUGGAAACUAUUGUAACAAUCGCCGAAGCAGUAAAGAUGGUAAAUAAUAUGCAGAAAUCGUCGGAGAAAAUGGUUAUACUACAGAAAAUUUUAAUGAAUAUAUUCAUUACUUUUGAUGAUUUACAACAACAAGAAAUUGAGGCGUUAAGAACUAAAAUUGAAAAAGUUAAAAAUAUGGCUUUAAAUCAAUACGAAAUAAUCGAGAAGAGUGCGGGUUCAGUCGAAUCUGAGAAUAUAUUAAUUAGUAUUUCUGAUUUAUUGGAAUUACUUGUAAACGUUUGCCAACAGUUGGUACAAAUGGAGGAUGCUGACCGUAAAAUUGGAAAAGUUAUUGAAGCGGUGGCCUUUGAAGAAGUUGCACAUGAAAAAAUAUCAAAUAAAAAGCUAGAGGAAAUAAAAAUACAGGACCAAAUUGUAGCACAAGAUAUACCAGAAGAUUUGCCGGAUCAUGAGAAAGCACGUAUAAUAGAAGCGACACCUCACUCUCAACUAAAAAGUAAAGAACAGCUUAAGCCAGGAAGCAUAGAAGAUGUGAAAAAAUAUACUUCUGAAGAACAAGUUACUGUUGAAAUAAAACCAGUGGAAGAUAAUGGAGAAAUUGACAAUAAAAAAAUCGUUUAUAAAGUGGGUGAGAAGCAAGGAGAACACAAGGAAAAAGUUGUCGGAGAUGUGAUUACAACUUCCAGUCAACAAAAGGAAUCUAAACAAGCUGUACUUUCGGAGGAGUUGAGUGAGAAUUUACAGCAGUACUUCGAAAACAUUGUCAGAUCCGUUGAUAGCGUUUCCUUUAUAAUAAGUGCACCACAAAUUCAGGAAUCUUUCAGCAAGCUGGGGAAAAUUAUACCCACGUUGCGCACAUUUGUUGUGGUCUCAGAAUAUUUGAAAAACUCUCAGUCCCAUGAAAAAUCAGCAGAGAGAAUUGUUACCCUACAAAAGUCAUUGAUGGACAUCUUCGUUACAUUUGACGAUCUCCACGAAAUAGCAAGAAACGACUUGAAGCCGAAGUUGGAGCUUGUGAAAACAAUCGUUUUGCAUUUGUAUGAUAAAAUUGAAAAUACACCAAAAUAUGUGCAGUCUGAAAUGGUGUUACUCGACUUAACUAAGUUAUCGAGUAGUAUCCUAGAAGUAGCCAAUGUACUAGAGCUUCAACAAAAUAAAGAAAAUUUAGCAGAGGAUAUUAUUUCCGAUACAGAGGGUAAGAUUACAGUCGAAAAGGUUUCUGAUGGGAAUGAGCAUAAACUUGAAGAGAUUGAAGACAAUAUAAAGACAAAAGUUACGGAAUCUAAAUCACAGUUAUCGGUGAAAGAUAAAAUAACCGAGAAGAAUCCUGAAGAGCAAAGAGAAAAAGUGGUGGGUGUGACUUUGGAGAUUAAAGAGAAAGCCAAGGAAAAAGCAACUGAAACACAGUCUAAACAGGUGAUUGAAUCUCCAAUAGAAAUGUCGUUAAAUGAGGUAGCAGCCGCAGUAAUUGUGCCCCAACCAGAACCAGUGGAAGAAAAAUUACGUGAUGCUGAUCUUAGGAAGUCACAAGAAAAAUCUGUGGACGAACAAAAAUUGGAAGACCAAAAAUCCAGUCAAUCUAGUCAAACCAAACUGGCUGUCGAAAAUGAGAAAGAUAACAAAGCUGUGGCGGAUAAGAAGUUGGAAGAACAAACUAUAACAGAGAUUUCCAGGAAUAAAAUAGAAGUUGUAGAAACCGUUGAGGAAACUGCAGUCGAGAAUGCUGUUAGAAAACCUAUUUUUGGUGAAGUUCAGACCACUAACAUUAUAUUUUCAAAACUGGAGGAACUUUAUAAUAGUAUUUCGCGGAAUAUUAAAAGUUUAGAAGAACAAACUGAGGCCGCAACUCAUCCUUUGCUUAGUAAGAAGCUGACAUCGCUUAAACCGAAUAUUGAAAAUCUUGAUACCGUUUCACGAACGAUUAAAACUGUGGCACAAGUUGAAAAAGCAUCUAAAUAUAUGGUUACUCUUCAAAAUGUUUUAAUGGAUGUCUUUGUAACAUUUGAUGAUCUACAUGACUUGGAAGGCAAAGAUACAAAAUGUAAAAUCGAAGAAGUCAAAAUAAAUGCUUUGGCGGUAUAUGAUUUCAUAGAGAAGAGUCACAAACGCAUAAACUCUGAAAAUAUUUUACUAAAAACAUCGACUUUGGUGUCGAAAGUCUUGGAAACGUGCUCAGAACUUCGUAAAGAAACGGAGAGAGAAAGUAUAGAGUGCGCGGAAUUGUCUGCUACUGAGGGGAACAAGGUUAAGCAACCAGAGCCUUUAGAAAAAUCUACUGGAGAGCCUUCGGAGGAGCAGCUGAAGAAAGAUGAAGAGCCGAACAUUAAAAGGAAAAAGAAGAGCUCAAAAAAUGAAUAUAUGGAUGAUGAAAAAAAACCCGAAGAAUUCAAAGAAAAUGUGAAAUCCGAAGAAAUUAAACAAACAGAAGAUGAAUCUAAGAAACAAAUUGAAGGCAAAAGCACAGAAGAACUUAAGAUCGUUGAAGAAAAACCAGAAUCCGUAGAAAAAAAGGGACAAAAUAGGAAACAGAGUGCAGAUGAAAAGAAUCGGGUUGAUGAACCUAGUUCAGCGAAACUCAAGGUUGUUGACAGAGUACCAGAACCUGAGGAAAUAAAGGAAUCAUACGAUUCACCCAAGAAAGAAGAAAGUAAUAAGAGCAAGGAUGAACAGUUAAAGAAUGUUGAGAAAAAAUCAGUUCUCAAGGUUGGUGAUGACAAACCCGAACUUGGAGAGAUAUUUAAUGUCAAAAACUCUGAAGAAACCCUACUAGAAGAUAAAACAAGGGCAAACGAAAAUAAUAAAAGUGGUGAUCAAUUUCCUGAGAAUCUCAAGCUGGUUGAUGAUAAACUAAAGACUACGAAAAAGCCUAUUGAGACCACUAGUGAACAAACUGAACAGGUAGAAGAAAAACCAAAAGACAAACCAAAAAUGAAAGAUGUAGACGAAGAGAAAAAAUAUGUGACGAUAGCAUCUGAAGAAAUCAAAGCUGUUGAUGAAGAACCAGAUGUUAAAGAGACUGAAGAACCGCUUAAGAAAGCAAAGAACAAUACCAGUUUAGACAAACAGAAAACAGAUGAAGAAUCUUUGGAAAAGGUUAAGAAGCCUACCGAGAAAAAUAAAGAAACUGAAGAAAAACCAAAGAAAACAAAGAAAAAGAAGAGCGAUCACGAGGAGCAAUCGACUAUGGAGGAAAACGCAGAAGCUCUCAUGAUAACUAAUAAAAUUUUGGUGUCUGAUGAAAGCCCGGUUGAAAGAACUUCGGAAGAAGUCAAAAGGAUUGAAAAAAAAUCUAUGGAAGAAAGUAACAAGAGUGAUGAUAAAAAUUCUGAAAAGUUCAAUGUUGUAGACAACGAUCUCAAGCUGGUUGCUGAUAAACUAGAGAUUAUGAAGAAACCUAUUGAGACCACUAUUGAACAAACUGAACGGGUAGAAGAGAAACCAAAAGGCAAAUCAAAAAUGGAAGAGGUGAACGAAGAGAAAAAAGAUAUUACGAUACCAUCUGAAGAAAUAAAGUCUAUGGAAACGAUUACUGAAAAGCCAUUGGAAGAAGUUAAACACAUAAACGAAAAACCAAAGGACAUAAAGAAAAAGAAAGAAGUUGAAGAAGAGAAGAAAGGUACCAAUAAAAAACACGAAGAACUCAAAGAUGUGAACGGAGAAAAAGUAUCGACAGAGAAGCCUUCAAAUAUUAUUGAAGAAAUUAAUAAGAUUGAAGAUAAACCAACGGAAAAUAAGAGAAAAGAGAGUAUAAACGAAGAGAAUAAGGUUGAUGAACAAAAGCCCAAGGAAAAAGAGAAAGCAUAUUUAGAGAAAGAUCAGAUGAACAACGAGAAAACAAUUGAAGAACUUAAGUUUGUUGAGGAAAUUAAACAUUUAGAAGAAAAACUGAAAGACCAAAAUAUAACGAAAGAUGCGAACGAUGAGAAGAUGAGUGAUGAGCCAAAGUCCAAUGAACUCAAAGUUCUUGACAAAGACACUAAAUCCCUUGAAAAGCCUUCUGAGGAAACUAACAAAAUUGAAAAGAAAACAAAGGACAAAAAGAAAAAGAAAGAUACAGACGAAAAUAGGAAGGGUAGCAAGAAAAGUCCUAAGAGCCUUAAAAUUGACAAAGCACAAGAGUCUGAAGAAAUUAAACAGGUGGAAGAAAAACAGAAGAAAGAAAGGAGAAAGAAAAGUGCCGACGAAGAAAAGAAAGUUGAUGAUAAAGCGACUGAAGAACCCAAAAUUGAUAACGAAACAAUAUCUCUUGAACAAACCAUGGAAGUGUCUGGUGAGGAACGUAAUCAUAUAGAAGAAAAAACAAAAGACAGAAUGAAACAAGAUGGAGUGGAAGUCGUAGACAAAAAAUCGGCGACUUCAGAAAAAACCGCUGAGAAAGAUAACAUAGAUGAAAAACUAAAGAGGCAACAUAGAAAGAAAUGCACUGACGAUGAAAAAAAAGUUGACGACAAGAAGCCGAAGCAAAUUAAUGUUGUUGAUAAAGAACCAGAGCCUUCUGAAAAAACUGAAAAGCUCUCUGAGCGUAUUAAAAUUAUAGAUGAAAAACUAGUCAACGACAAAGAGAAGACGAGUGUAAACGAAGAUAAGAAGCUUAAAGAACUCAAGACUGUUGAUGAACCACUUACAAAGUCUUCUGAGCAAAUUAAGCAGAAAAUAGAAAAACCGAUGAACGAAAAUUCCAAGAGUGAAGAUGUUAAAAUAUAUGCGGCAAAUGCACCUCUGGAGUCUGCUGAAAGGAGUUUAGAUGUUACGGAUAUGUCAACUGCUCCACCAACGGAUAAACAUGUUGUAAAAGAAGUGGCUAAUGCCGAUAUGAAACUAUCUGACCAAUCUAGAAUGCGCGCAGAUAAUUCUAGCAAUGCGGAAUCUAAGGAUAAACGAGAAUCACGUAGCGCAAGGCGUGCGCCAAAUGUUGACCUAAAACUGACCAAUAGAAAUUCACCUGUGGGAAGUGAAAUAAAGCUUACAUGCAGUGUUUCCGGUGCCCAACUGAAAGUUGACUGGUAUAGAGAUAAAACAUUAAUCGAGAACGACAACAAAUAUCGCAAAACCUUCAACGACGGGCUGUCUUGCUUGGAAAUCAAGGCACUUAACGCCGGUGAUGCGGGCGUUUACAGAUGUGUGGCCUCCAAUCGCAAUGGAGAAGUGGAAACGAGUUGCCUUGUGACUGUCUACGAUGUACCAACAACUAAAUUUGGCACCACGCCAAUAUUUACGCGCAACAUCAGAGAAUACUAUCAUUUGCGCGACGAUGAGCUAACCAUCGAAUGUCACCUACAUGGUGUACCACGUCCAGCUGUCGUCUGGAUGAAAGGCGGACUUGAUGUUAAGCCGAGCUUCAAGUUUACGAUGCUUGAAGAAGCUCAUGGCGUCUACAAGCUGCUUAUAUACAAACCAAAUGACAAGGAUAGCGGUACUUAUAUUUGCAAGGCAGCUAAUUCUAGUGGAGAAGUGCAAAUCAGUCAUCAGGUGGAAGUUGCCAAAAAUAGGCACUUCCAUGCACGUGGCAUCUUCCACGCUCGAAAUCGUUUGCAAAAGGAUAAAGAGCUGACAGCGAAGAAGGCCAUGGAGGAAGCGCUUCAGUCAAAAGCCGAAUCCGAUCGCAAGCGUACAACCACUGCAGCGGAAGCUAAGGAACGCGUACACCGCGCUUCUCCUGAGCCAUUGGUAUCGCCGAAGCAAAAACUCAAGUUCGCCACGCAAUUACGCGAUCGAAUGGCGCUGGAAGGUAGCACCGUGCGAUUUGUGUGCACUGUAAUCGGACCUAGUCCCAAUUGUCGUUGGAUGAAGGAUGACAAAUGGGUGGUGGCUGGGCCAACAGUCAAAAAUCUAUCAGAGGAGGGAAAAGCAAUUCUUGAGGUGAGCAAGGUUACGUCCGAAGCGUCAGGUGUUUACAAGUGUGUGGCCAAAAACGAAUUUAGCGAAAUCGAAACGCAAUGCUACUUCAAAGUGUAUAGUGCACAAGCCGAUGGCGACGAACAAGAGCCGAUCUUCGCUCUACCAUUAAGAGAUGUGUACCAUUCGUCCCAGAACGAUUUAAUUAUUGAUACGAAGGUGCGCGGCAACCCCCGCCCCAAAAUUACAUGGGUAAAGGACAACCUACCAGUAGUACUCGAUGAUCGUCGGGUGCAGAUCGAACAUUUGGAUGGCGUUUGUGAGUUGAUCAUUAACAAGCCAACGUCGAGUGAUAGCGGUGUGUACACUUGCAUUGCUGAAAAUAAAUUGGGUAGCCAGAAGACUACACACACAGUUGUAGUCGAAGUUGUGCAAUCAUCGCGUCGUUCGAGUUUAUUGUCCGCCGUAAUGACCGAAUCCGAUAGUGAAGCAGGUACUGGAGAGGCGAGUGGGAAGAAGGUGGAGAAGGGUAAUCGCCCUCCAAAAGGCAAGAAGAAGGACGAUGAAGCCGAGGCUGGCACAUAUGAACGUCGCAGUCGUAUGCCGGACCCUUCACCAAAAACGCAAUUGUAUUUUAUUGCGAAUCUUUCGAAUCGCUAUGUAGCCGAAGGUUCCAAAGUGAAAUUCCAGGCGGUUGUUGGCGGUCCCGAUGCUACAUUCAAAUGGCAGAAGGAUGAACAAAAUGUGAUCUACGGUCCCCGUAUCCGUAAUAUGAGUCGCGAGGGUAUGGCUUGUUUAGAGUUCGUGAAUACCGCAGCUGAAGACUCGGGUGUUUAUACAUUGACGGCGCAGAAUGAAUUCUGCAAAAUUACGACCUCGGCCUUGUUGCAUGUAUACUCACCGAAGGUUAGCUCCGACGUGCAACCAAUGUUUACACGCUCACUAAAAGAAAUUUAUCAUCUGAAUACAAAUGAACUCGUUUUGGAGACGGGCGUACGUGGCCAACCAACACCACAGGUGCAAUGGUCGAAGGAUAACUUUGAAAUAAAGAGUGGUGGACGUUAUCAAAUAUUGCAACAUCAAGAUGGCACUUGUGAGCUGAUUAUAGAUAGACCAGAUGCAAAAGAUUCCGGCAAGUAUUUAGUUCGCGCAGAGAAUAGUGCUGGUAAAUCGGAGAUUACACACACUGUUUUGUUUGAGGGAAAAGCUUCUCAUAUCGCUGAGAAUAUUCAUGGUGUAUUCCAUGCUGAUAAGAGUUUGUUGCGUGCCAAGACCGCAGAGGACGAGAAGGCAGCGCCCUCAAAAGGUGAAGCAUCCGAAAGUGAAGCAGAAGAAAAAGAGGGUAAAGGUAAAUCCAAGGCCAAAGCUAAAAAGGCUAAGAAAGAAGAGGAGGAAGCAACUUCAUCAGCAACUGAAAUCAUUUCGGACACUGGAAGUUUGAAGAGACGAGAAAAAGUUAUUGGCAUACAUUUCGCAACAUCUGUCAGAGAUCGCGUUGUGGCUGAAGGUUCAAAAGUGAAAAUAUCGUGUUUCUUAGAGUCAAAGGAACCACAAGUCAAAUGGUUUAAGAAUGAGGAACCCAUCGCAAAUAGUCCAAAGAUUAGGGGCCGGUACAGCGAAGGUUUGUGCCUACUCGAAAUUGCGAGUGCUACGGUUGAGGAUAGUGGAGUAUACAAGUGUUGGGCGCGCGAUGAAACCGGCGAAGCUUCUACAUUCUGUAAAUUGGAGGUUUACGCAGAUCCAGGCACUGGCGAUGUGCCGCCCACAUUUACGCGCAAUAUUAAGGAUACCUAUCAUGGUAAAAUACACGAACUGCAGCUGGAUGUGCAUGUGCGUGGUCUUCCUACACCGUCUGUUACUUGGGUAAAGGAUGGCGUUAAAGUCGAGUCGAGUGAAAAGUAUCAACAAAUUGACCAUGAUGAUGGUCUUUGCGAACUCUUCAUUAUAGAUCCGGUGCCGGCCGAUGGUGGUAAAUAUGUUUGCCAGGCAGAAAAUCGUGAAGGAAAAGCUGAAAUUAGUCAUAUUGUGACUGUUGAGCCGAGACGCAGGAGACCAGUUUCACCACCCAGGGAGGCUCGACCACCAGUAAAGCCUACAACAGAGGAAGAAGAGAAGGAGGGUGAGGAGAAGGAAGAGAAGAAAAAGAAGAAGAAGCAAAAGGAUGACGAAGAGGGCAGUGGAAGACGUGAGGCGCCCCCACCACCAGACCUAAAGAAAUAUCUGUAUCUACGCAACUUCUUAUCUAAUCGCACUGUUAAGGCUGGCAGCAACGUCAAGUGGAUGGUUAACAUCGAUGGACCCGAACCGACCGCCCGUUGGUUCCAUGGCGAACAACCAAUUACUUUCGGAGCAAAGAGUAAAAUGUCUUGUCAGGAUGGAAUCGCAUGGCUGAAUUUAAUAGGUGUUUCCGAGGAGGACGCUGGUGAAUAUAUAUUGCGUGUGAAAGGUUCGGAAAAUGAAGUUGUUAGCACUUGCCAACUUUUUGUCUACACUACCGGUAAAGAGGAGGUAGUAGCUCCUGUUUUCACAGUGGGCAUUAAAGACUCUUACUCUAUUAAUGAGAAUACAUUGGUGUUGGAUUGCCGUGUACGCGGUAAACCACGACCAGAUAUCCAAUGGAUGAAGGGAUCGGAUUUGCUUAACGAGGACGAGCGUUAUAACAUUCUUAACUCUGCUGACGGCUAUACUAAAUUGACAAUUAAUAAUCCAACCGAAAAAGAUUCCGGCCUUUAUGCCUGCGUAGCUCGCAAUGAGGCGGCAGAAAAUAAAAUUACUCACCAAGUCGAUUUUGUGGGACGAGAACGAUUUGCACUCGAAAAGACACAUGGUUACUUCCAUCGUGAUCCCAACAAGCCACAUUUUACAGUACCGUUAAGUAACCAAACAGUGUGUCCCGGCGGAACAGUUGCUAUUUCUGCGGAAUUCAUGAAAUCGUCCACACCAUUGGAGGUACAAUGGUUACGCAAUCGUCAAUCAGUUGCCGGCCAAGUUGGUAUAAAAACCUUCAUGGAAGGUGGCGUCUACACAUUGGCUAUACUGAAUGCACAACCCGAAGUGGAGGGCACAUACACAUGCCGCGCUUCGAAUGCCUUCGGGCGCAUUGAAUCGCACGUAAGUGUCGAUGUUGCAGCCGGAGCACCGAAAAAUGAAAGACCACCGCUCUUCUUAUCACGACCAGAGCCCGAGAUGAAAAUUUUAGUGGGCGAUCCAUUCUCGAUUUCGUUCCGUAUUGCAGGCGAACCGAAACCAAAAUUGACCUUCUUGAAGGGUACCAAGGAUAUUACCAAAUCCGAUAGAGUCAGUAAGGAAGCGUCGGACGAUUACACCAGAUUCACGGUGCAAAGCUCACAAAUCGCUGACUCGGGUACUUACUUUGUCGUUGCUCGCAAUAACUUCGGCACAGAUCGCGUAUUUGUGACCGUUGCGGUAAUGCCACGCGCACGCUCCGAAACGCCAACAUCGCCACGCUGGGGUCAGCGUCUCGAGAGUUUCCCUGACAUUUCUUAUUUCCGAGAUCCUCCAGGUCCAAUAUCCACGGAACCUUUGGUAGUCGAUUCUGGAUCCACACACAUCUCCCUCUCCUGGGGUAAGCCAGUGCGUGACAACUCGGCGCCCGUUAUUGCCUAUCGUAUUGAUGCUUGGAUUGUCGGACACGAAGGUGGCGCUAUUUGGAAGGAGUUGGGUCUGACACCUAUAAAUUCGUUUGAUGCCUUCAAUUUGAAACCUAAUGUCGAAUAUCACUUUCGUGUCACGCCCAAAAAUCGUUACGGUUGGGGUCCGUCGGUGCAGACAAGUAGUCCACUGCAGGUGGGAGGCGCCGAGUGCUUGCCAGAGUUUGUGAAAAUAUUACCUGGCCAGUUGAAGGCUUUGCUGGGCACCCAACUGGUGUUAGAAUGUACAGUACGGGGUGCGCCACGUCCACAUAUUGAUUGGUACAAGGAUGGUAUGCAUAUUAGUCCACUAGCCGAACGUAUCAGAAUUCGUCAGAUUGGUUCAACCUGCACGCUGAUCAUUGCGCCAGUCUCCGAGUUGGACGCAGGGCGUUAUACAUGCGAAGCAACCAAUUCCAAGGGUAGAGUCUCGACAUUUGCUCGCUUACAAAUUGUCAACGAUCCCAGGCUGUAUGAAGCCGAUACGAAACUAAAGGAAAUCGUUCACUCCACUGAUGUUGCACAUUCUGGUGACACCUUACCAAUAUUUACAAUGCGGUUACGAGAUCGACGCGUACAGAUGACUUAUCCUGUGCGUUUAACCUGCCAGGUUAUGGGUCAUCCCACACCAGAAAUUUUGUGGUACAAAGACGAUGAGCAAAUCGUAGAAAAUUGCCGCUAUCUUAUUACGAGUGAUGGUCAGUUCCAUACACUAGAGCUGGCUAGCACCGUGUUAGAUGAUAGUGGAAAUUAUACUUGCACCGCUAGAAAUGAGCUGGGUUCGGUAUCAUGCCACUGUUCGCUGGUCGUCGAUAAGGGCAUACGCGCUUACAUAUCACCUGAGUUCUACAUGCCGCUGGACCCAUUGUAUAUAUACCAAGAGGGACAAGAAAUACGACUAACCGCUAAGGUAGAGGCAUACCCAACCGUGGGAGUUUCUUGGCAUCGCAAUGGCGUUCGCUUGCGUCCCAGCAGGCGCAUAGGAGCCACUCUGGACUCUAAUGGUUUUGUUGAAUUGAUAAUCGCCGACGCUACGAUGCACGAUGCUGGCAUUUAUGUUUGCGUCGCUUCAAAUGCUGUCGGAAAGGUAGAAAGUAGCUGUCGCGUAGUAAUAGAAGAGCUCGACGAUGAUCAACAGCAGCAAGGACAACGUGGUAGCAGCCAGAUACCGGCUAUUGUAAAAAGUGAUUUACCAUAUUCCAAGGAGCCCAUGUUUGUUGUUAAACCACGUUCUAGCGAGGCAUAUGAAGGUGACACAGUAAUAAUAUUCUGUGAAGUUGUUGGCGAUCCAAAACCCGAAGUCGUAUGGCUGCGCGAUUUCCUGAAUCCGGAAUACUAUAAGGACGCUCCACACUUCCGACCCAUAGGCGACGGUCCGGAGUAUCGUCUGGAAAUACCUAGUGCCAAACUGGACUUCACCGGUACUUACUCAGUCAUAGCGAGCAAUUGUCAUGGUGAGGCAAAGGCUGUCAUAUCACUGCAAAUUUUCGCUAAAGAUAUUCUCAACAGAUCACCAAUGGAGAAAGGAUCUAUCCGGCAUGGCAAUGUGGAAACCUUCCCGCACUUCAUACGCCAUCUGCGUGAUUUGCGCUGCUGCGAUGGUGAUGCCAUAACCUUGGAAUGUCAUGUUGAGGCUUUGCCGGAGCCGAUAAUCAUAUGGGAGAAAGAUGGGCGUGUGCUUCCGAGUGGCAAAGAUUUCACAAUGUCCUACGACGGCAUUAAGGCCACACUGAGCAUACCACGUAUUUAUCCCGAGGAUGAAGGUGAGUUCACCUGCGUCGCUAAGAACAAUCUAGGACGAACACUCUCCUCGGCUUGUAUUAUUGUCGAUGUGCCUGAAGAGAAAGAGAACAUGUUAAACCGGCAGUUGUCGCGACCCAGCGGUCUACUCUCGGCCAACUCUACACCACGUUCAACUCCGCGCUCCACACCCAACCGUUGCUUCUCGCCGCGUCGUCUCUCUUAUCGUUCAUCGCAAAUCGAUCUGAGUGACGGUCGCAUCGGUAGUUAUCGGCGCGCUAUGUUGGACUCUCGUAGUUUGGCUGCGCCGAAAUUCUUAGCCAUUCCCCACAGCCGUGUCGUCGAGGAAGGUGACAAUGUGCGCUUCCAAUGUGCAAUUACCGGUCAUCCAACACCCUGGUCAACAUGGGACAAAGAAGGUAUGAUCGUUACACCCACUGCCCGCAUUGCUAUAAAAGAGGUGGAUGAUUUGCGUUUCCUGGAAAUUGACGAAGUCACUUUCGAUGAUGCCGGUCUGUACCGUAUUACCUUGGAGAAUGACUAUGGGCGCAUUGAAGCAACGGCGCGUUUAGACGUAAUUAGCCGUUCGCGCUACUCCCGCUCCCCUUCCGCGCGCGGUGUUCGUGCGAGUUCAUCAAAGCGCAAUGCGCAUCUACGCAGACGUAUUAUGGGACCAUCGACAGCAAUAGGCGGUCGCAUGGCCCUGGCUACUGGCUAUCGCGGCUCUUCGGUGCCGUCUUGCAAAUUCUAUCACAACGGCACUGAACUGGACGAAGAUGAUGAACGUGUGCAAAUUGUGGUGAACGAACAUGAAGCCCUGCUGUGUAUAGACAAUGUGACCGAGGAAAAUGAGGGACUCUACACAUGUAUCAUUCAGUGUGAUAAUGAACCGUUGACCACAAGCACUUGGGUGACAUUUGAAGCAACAGAGAGUGCUGCAUUGGCAGCACGUCUAAAGGAACCCCGUAUUUCUCGUGCUCUCCCCGCGGAAAUUCAAGCGAGUGAACGCGAAACUGUAGACUUGCGCUUUGAGUUGGAUUGCCAUGAACCGUACACCUAUACGUGGACGCGUAAUGGUGAAGUGUUGAUCGAUGAUGACGAUUUCAAUCAAAUCGACCAUGGUAACGGUAUACUCUCUCUACGCAUAAACGACGCAUUUGACUUAGACUCCGGGGAGUACGCGUGUGACGUACGUACUGCCAGCGGCCUGAACUGCAGCACAGCUUGUCUGCUGAGCGUUGACGAGAGUGACGAUGAGGGCGAGUCUGUGUUGUUGCAGCCUCACGGGCAGCCAAUACUGUUGAAAUCGCCGCUGCCGGUGCUGACGAACGCCGGUGCCGACGAAGUGACCUUUUGUGCGCGUGUUCAUCCACCUGAAGCCCGCGUCCAAUGGUUUGUCGGCGGUCGUGAAAUCGUCGCUGACAACGCUGAUGAAGAAAACGUCAAUGACUCACUCGUUGGGGAAAUAACAAAGCAGUUUGGCGCGACGCAAGUCACCAACGAACCGGAUGGUGUCCGCAUACUACGCAUACAGAACGUCCAGCCGCAUCACUGUGGCGAAGUGCAAUUGAGCGUCAAACAUUGCGGCAAGUCGAGUUCGACGUUACGCGCUUACACCAGCCUGAUUGUGCUGCCAGGACGUGCAUCCCUGCAAGUCGACUCCACACAAGCCACGAGUGACGCUGAUAAGACGAUUGCAACUCUAAACGGAGCCGAGUUGGAGGUACCUGCAUGCAUUUUGGAGGGUCCUCAGGAUUGUACCGCUCUUAUUGGUGGCAGCGUUAAGCUGAGCGUCUGCUUCGAGGCUGCGCCGCGUGCUCAGGUCAGCUGGUACAAAGGGUGCCGUCCGAUUGUUGAGCAGCGCAACAUUUCCAUACGCAGCAGCGCCAAGCGCUCAACGCUGCUCAUAACCGACAUAGCGGCAGAUGAUAGUGGCAAAUACACGGUGGAGAUUAUGAAUGAGUUGGGCAGCGAUGCAGCCGCGGCCUCGGUGGCGGUGGAAGGACCGCCAGAUUCCCCCAGCGGCAAACCGAGCAUUUCACAAGGUCCCGAUCGCAUUGCGGUCGCUUGGUGUGGCCCACCCUACGAUGGUGGCUGCAUGAUAACCGGCUUUAUCAUUGAAAUGCAGCAAGUACCUGCCGAAGCGAUUGAUGAGACAGACAAAUUGGCUGGUGGCGAAAGCGGUUGGCACGAAAUCGCUACCGUUGUGGACUCAUUAGCGUACACUGUGAAGAAUUUGACACCGAGUGCCACAUACCGAUUUCGUGUACGCGCCAAAAAUGUACAUGGCUGCAGCACACCCAGUUUGCCCAGCGAUCCGGUUGAGUUGCAAGCCCAAGAAAUCUCAACAGAAGAUUUCCACCGACCGAUCUGUGUUAAGUCAGGUGGCGACUUCAAAAGUCGCUUCGAAAUACUCGAUGAAUUGGGCAAGGGUCGCUUUGGAGUCGUCUAUCGAGUGCAAGAACGUGAAGAAUCGAAACAAAUUCUUGCGGCAAAGGUGAUUAAAUGCAUUAAGGCGCAAGAUCGACAAAAAGUAAUGGAAGAGAUUUCCAUUAUGAAAUCAUUACAACACCCGAAAUUACUGCAACUCGCCGCCUCAUUUGAGAGUGCACGCGAAAUUGUUAUGGUGAUGGAGUACAUCACUGGUGGUGAGCUCUUUGAACGCGUCGUCGCGGACGAUUUUACGCUGACCGAACGAGAUUGCAUACUCUUCCUCCGGCAAGUGUGCGAAGGUGUCGCCUACAUGCACACACAAUCGAUCGUACACUUGGACCUUAAGCCCGAGAACAUUAUGUGCCACACGCGCACCAGCCAUCAAAUCAAGAUCAUCGAUUUCGGUUUGGCGCAACGCCUAAACACGAACACACCGGUGCGCGUGCUCUUCGGCACACCCGAAUUCAUACCGCCCGAAAUAAUUAGUUAUGAGCCAAUCGGCUUUCAGUCGGAUAUGUGGAGUGUAGGCGUCAUUUGUUAUGUGCUCUUAUCUGGCUUAUCGCCGUUCAUGGGUGAUACCGAUGUCGAUACUUUCUCGAAUAUUACACUCGCCGACUACGACUUCGACGAUGAAGCCUUCGAUUGUGUUUCCCAGGAGGCAAAGGACUUCAUAUCGAAUUUGUUGGUGCAUCGCAAAGAAAACCGCCUGACAGCCAAACAAUGCUUAGAGUCAAAGUGGCUGACCCAGGCACAUGAUGAGAACCUCAGCAAUAAAAUUUGCACAGAUAAACUAAAAAAAUUCAUUAUACGACGCAAGUGGCAGAAAACCGGCAAUGCUAUACGCGCUUUGGGCCGCAUGGCCACGCUAUCCGCUUCCAGACGCAACUCUGCCGUUUCCGGCGCCGGUAGUUUGCCCAACAGUCCACGUCCCUCAAUAUCAGGCAUUCAUCAUAUGUUCAGUCCGCAUACAACCGUGCAGAUGGGUUCGCUGCACGAAGAAGACGACGACUUCAGCAUCGAGCUACCGAACCAGACUACACUCGAACAACAGCGACGCAUACAAAAGACGUUGAAGGUGCGUGACAAAUCGCAGUGCAGCGAGCGCAGUGAUUCCGGUUACAGCGAGUGCUCGAAUUGCAGUGUGGGUGGGAAUAUGUCAUGCCAUUGCACCGCCGCUGGGUCUGCUGUGCAGGUAAUAGUCCAGCACAGUGCUGUGGAUGAACUGCAAUCAGCAAAUGCGGAGGCAACGCUGUCUCUGGGCAUACCGCAUGAUGUGCUCAAGACAAAAUUAGAGGAAAUCGCGCAGCAUGGCGACACCAUAUGCAAAACAAGUCGUAAGCGUGAUGCGUUGAGAAAUGCAGCGGAAUUGGAAUUGGAAAACUCGGCAUUGCCACAUUUGGUUGAGCAAAAUAAUGAGUCUAUCAGCUCUUUAGAGCACCAUAUGCGCCAAAUAAGUUUGCAACCAUCAAAGUCAGUGACAGCGAGUAAAGAUACGGGAGGGAAUAUUGAACACAUACAGGUGCUAAAAGAGCAUGAGAUUGCUCAUAAAAUUGAUGAAACGUUAUCGCUCUCAAUGCCGCUUAGUUCGACCACGCAAGCUGGGUCAUCAGACCCGACAACAGUGUUGGCAUCACCACCACUACGUGAACCCAUAAUGCGCUCAGAUUUCACGAACACCAUAAAGAUGCGUAAGAAAUCGCUGGAGAACAAUGCGCUACGUGAGAAGCCUAAAGCACAGUCUAAACCGAUAUACGAAGCGGCGGGCAAGGUGUCACAGCUGAAGAAUAAGUUCAAUUUGGCCUCCAGUACCGGUGGCGGCAAAGGUGUAAAUGCUAAAUUGGCGCCCACACAAACUUCACCGCUACCCAAGAGAGACCGCGAACAUAAGAAAGAAUUUUUCGCCGCUAGAAGCUUCGCCUGCGAUAACCAAACUAGCGGAACAAGUGCCACAACGAAAUCAACGAAUUCAACAUUACAACAACAACAACCAAUACAGCAAAAAUAUCAUCCAAAACAAUGCUCUUCCAUGCCCAACUCACCGCUGCUUGGACGCUCAACAGCGACGCUUCGGUUAAGCGGGCGCGUACGCGAGGCGACCGAGCGCUUGUCUCAACAGCAAACAGUCGCCACCAGCGCGCGACGCACGGAGGCACGACGUUAGGCGGCACCAAAAGAACCAACAACAACGGUUUAAAUGAAAGGCACUCCCGAUCCAUGCCGCUUAAAGCAGCGUAAACCGGUUGAGGCGCACGUGUGGAAAGAAAAACAUAAGUCACUUUCUCAUACGGCAUACAGUUAUGGCAUGUAAACAUCACGUGUAAUAUCAAUAACGCUAAUACGCGCCAUCGUGUUGCUCAUCCGUAUUUGUGUUGCUGCUGACCUCGCGUUGUCCUCGGCUAGCCUCACAUCUCAUAUGAUUGCAUCUAAAUAGCGUUGG